AUGCGUGCCUCCCCCAAGCUCGUUCUCAUUCUAUCGGCUAUUGCCGCAGUUGAAAGUGCAAGGGUUUCCAAGUGCCACCACGGACGACCUAAGAAUGGCAAUUUGGUUCUUGAUGUCUCCACAGACCCUUAUAUCGCAACAGCAGAGGAUGCUUCCAGCAUCAUUGCCAGUAUUUCGGCAACAGUAGAAUUAGCGAAGUCUGGGCAAGCACAAACCGCUGUCUCGACUGAAACACCCCAAGUAACUGACCCCGCCAUUGCUGCCGGGGAUAUCCAGCCUCAAGAGCUCGCACCACAGAGCACAGCUUCCUUAUCGACAUCGCAACAAACGAGAAGCACCACGGCUGCUCUCAAGGAGCCUACCAAGAAGUUCUGCGGCAAACCGAACGAAUCCGAGGUCCUGUUUGGCACGCCAUGGAUUGUCUUCUCCAUGAACUACAACUACCAGUCCAUAGAAGGCUCUUCCUGCGUCGGCUACUACGACUACGAAGGUUCUGGCGAUAACCAGACCAUUCACUGGAGCGUCCUAUGGGAUAUUGAUCCUAAUGUCGGCACGAACCUCGUCAAGGGCUACGACUUUAUCGGUCUUACCCAGGGUCUGGAAACAAGGCUUAAUGAUAUCAAGAGCAUCCCUUCUAAGUAUGAGUGGACCACUAGUAAGACUACUGACUAUAAAGGAAAUGUUGUGUACGACUUCAUGACCUGCGAUACAAAGGGAGACUCAACCUCCAGCAAUGUGCAGGAACUCAUGCUCUGGUUAAACUGGCAGGGCGUCCAAGUCCCCAUUGGAUGGGGUGGGGGACCUGUCGCUACCAUUGAUGGUCUCUUUGGCAAAGACGGCUGGAAAAUGUACCAGGGUGUCAACGCUGAUACCGGCAUCACAGUGACCUCUCUUUUGUGUCCUGAAGAUAGUCAGUUUGGCAACGAAGAGGGCGGUAUUUUCGAGGGCGACAUCAAAGACUGGCUUGUAGCCCUGUCCAAAGAGGGUGUGUUCAAAUCGAACACGUAUGUCAACGUUGGAAAUGCUGGUAUGGAGCCUUACUACGGGACUGUCGACUUUGACAACCAUCUGAGCCUUAGGGUCAACGUUUAG